AUGGAUGCUGGAGGGGAGGUGGUUCAGCCUUCACGCUCGAUAUGGAGAUCUGUGCCUUUCCAGAUUCUGGUUGCGUGUGGUGUGAGUUUUACUGCGCCGGGCAUGUGGGAUGCGCUUGGUGGUCUGGGGGCAGGAGGUGCUGCUGAGCCAUAUGCUGUCUCAGCAGCGAAUGCUCUGGUGUAUGGGCUCUUUGCUGUGGUUUGUGUGGCUGCGGGUGCGAUCAACAAUCGAAUUGGGUUGAAGUAUGGACUGGCGCUGGGUGCUGUGGGAUAUCCGCUUUAUGGUGCUGGACUAUACACGAACAACGUCAACGCCAAUACCUGGUUUAUGCUCUUCGGAAGCGCUCUUUGCGGGAUUUCUGCUGGAUUCUUCUGGGCUGCGGAGGCUGCUAUCAUCAUUGGAUUUCCUUCACCUGGAGACCGGGCGUUUUACCUUGCCAUUUGGCAGACAGCCAAAGCCGCAGGACCUAUUGUGGGCGGUGCGAUCAACUUGGGCCUGAAUUCGAACCGAGAGACCGCAGGAUCAGUGUCUUCGACGACAUACAUCGUCUUCAUCGUCAUCAUGUGCCUUGGCCUUCCGAUUGCACUUUGCCUGUCGCCUGCGCACAAAGUCUGGCGAAAAGACGGAACCAGAAUUGUAACUCAAAGGGCCGCAACCUGGGGAGCUGAAUUUAAAGCAGUCGGCAGGCUAUUCAUCAGUCGCCGGAUCCUGCUCUUGCUGCCAGCUUUCUUCAUCAGCUACUUCUACAACGGCUUCAUGAGCACCUGGCUCACAACCUACUUCACCGUCCGAGCACGCGCUUUCUCCAGCUUCCUGACCAACUUCGCCGGCAUUUUCAGCUCCUUCAUCAUCGCAACACUACUCGACAACCAACGCAUCUCAAUGAACAAACGCGCCAAAAUCGCCUUCUCAUGCAUCAUCACCAUCCUCAUCGGAACCUGGAUCUGGGCCACAAUCCUCCAAAAACAAUUCUACGACGCAAACGAAUCUCCCGUCUGGGACUGGUUCACAGCCGGUUUCAACAAAAGCUACGCCCUCGUUUUCUUCUGGCAAUUUGGUGGUCAAGCUUUUCAGCAGUUCCUUUACUGGCUUGUGGGACAGUAUGCGACGGAUUUGAGUGACUUGAGCUAUCAUACUGGAAUUUUGCGUGGUACGGAGGCUUUGGGGCAGACUGUGGCUUGGGCUAUGCAGUCUGAGGGGAAUGCGAAUCAUUUUGUGAGUAUUGGGAUUAAUUUUGGGAUUACGGCGCUUUGUGUUGCGCCGACUUGGAUUGUGCUGUCGGAGUUGAAGGGAAGUCAUGAGGUGGAGGUCGUGGAGGUUGAGAGAGAGGUUGAUGGGGAUGAUUUGGAUGCUGCGAAGAAGGGCUCAAGGAGGGAGAGCUGA